AUGGUGUAGCCCGGGUCCCUUCUUCCCCCCCCCUUGCUGGCCGGGCGGUGGUUCGGUCUAGAUCGCACUCUCCGGAAGUACCAAGGCAGCUGGAGCAGCCGCCGCUUUCUCCCAGUCCCGUUCCGAUCUGAGGCUCUGCUACAGCCGCCGCCAGAAUCCAACAGCCAUCAUGUCUAGUAAAAGAGCAAAGACAAAGACCACUAAGAAGCGCCCUCAGCGUGCAACCUCCAAUGUAUUUGCAAUGUUCGAUCAGUCACAGAUUCAAGAAUUCAAAGAGGCCUUCAACAUGAUUGAUCAGAACAGAGAUGGCUUCAUCGACAAAGAAGACUUGCAUGAUAUGCUCGCUUCCCUUGGAAAGAAUCCAACUGAUGAAUACCUAGAUGCUAUGAUGAAUGAAGCUCCAGGCCCCAUAAACUUCACUAUGUUCCUCACAAUGUUUGGAGAAAAACUAAAUGGCACAGAUCCAGAAGAUGUAAUCAGAAAUGCUUUUGCUUGCUUUGAUGAAGAAGCAACAGGGUUCAUUCAAGAAGAUUAUCUGAGAGAGCUGCUGACGACAAUGGGAGAUAGAUUUACAGAUGAAGAAGUAGAUGAGCUGUACAGAGAGGCACCAAUUGACAAAAAGGGAAAUUUCAAUUACAUUGAAUUCACACGUAUCCUUAAACAUGGAGCAAAAGACAAGGAUGAUUGAACAAAAUAUCAGACACCUGCAGCUAGCUCUAGUUUUCACUUGUGUUUAUUUUUGAGGGUUUUUUCCUGGUAGAACCUGUUGCAUGCAUCUACCUUUUUGAAGCUUUUGCCUUUCUCAGUAUAUUUAUCUAUUCCAGGCCAUUCUGGCAUAUUUGCACCUGUAUAAUCAGACUGGAUGUGGGGGGAUGAUAUUGUAGUGAAAAGAAUCUGGGGACAAAGAUCAAUGAAUUUGAAGGCCCAGGAAAAAAGUCUCAAUGUUUCUGGUUUAGCUGGAUUUUUACAUUUUUGUAAUAAAAAUGUCCUUUUGAAAUAAAGAUUGCUAUAUAAAUAAAAUAUCUCAAACUGU